CCGGCGGGUUGGCAGAGAAGCCAAGGAGCCAAGAAGCUGUCAAGCCGAGAGACCACUUGUUGUUGCCGAGCAGCGAGCGGCGGUCGUCGGCUUGGUCUUCAUCGCCUCUCUGCUGCCUCCAGGAAUUUGAAUGUCUGCGUUACCGUCGUCUCCAUGGCCAUGUCGAUGCAUCAUCAUCAUUCUCUUGACCUCCUUACCACGCCUGUUUGCAGGUCGACUGAGUAACUGCACGCACCCCCUGGUGCCCGAGCAUGGUGGCUUCCGCUGUGAGCCGUCCCCCUGUCGAGGUUUCCUGCACAAGACCUCCGUGCACCUGUUCUGUGAGGAUGGCUAUCGCGCACCCAAGUCUCCCGUCUCCUGGUGCCAUCACGGCGCUUGGAAGCCGCCCAUACCCACCUGCGUCCGCAUCAAAGGGGGUGCGGGCAUUAACGCCAACACUGGGGCAGACUUUGCCAUGCCCAACAUGGCCACCACGGCUGUGGGCGUGUCCAUAUUUCUGCUCACCACCACCGCCUGCCUGGUGGUCAAGUCCCGCCUCUGCCCCUGUCAAUCACAUAGGCGUCGGUCCUCGGAUCAGCUGGACCUGAUGAAUGAGGGACUUCCCGUGUCGCUGCCCUCCUACGAGGAGGCGGUCUACGGCAGCUGGGGUCAGCCCCUCCCGCCCUGCCGGUCUCCCCCGCCGGGACCCACCCACCUCCUGCUGGCCCGGGAGCCACCCGGCGACCAAUCCUGCUCUGAAAAUCCCCCGCCCCCUUACGAGGAGGUCCAAUCACGAAGGAACGACAACCGACGGCUCCGCGUUUCUCUGUUGGACGACAAAGCUGUUUAAAGGACAAACUGUGAGAAGAUUUUUGAUUGACAGCUGACGGAUGUGACAACUUGGCACUUUUUUUUCUUUUUUUGGUCGGACGCAGCGGGCUGGCAUCCAGACCAAAGCUGAUUGGCCAGUUUGCACACAUCUGACUUACUGUAUGUUAUAUUGUACACGUGUGUGUGUGUGUGUGUGUGCAAUCACACGCUGUUAUAGAAACAAGUGUGUUGUCAUGGCAACCAACCAUCUCCAGCCAGGUUUUAUGAUGCUAUUUUGGACAAUUUAUUAAUAUUGUUGGACUCUUGUGAAGAUGAUGUACAGUGGAAGCUGUCCGGUCCAAUAUGAAAUGGGGAUUAAAAUAACCCUGGCUUGAAACCCUAACCCAGAUUUGCAAACAUAAUUAGAACCUCCAACCAAGCCUUGAAAUCUUUAUUUGAAACCCUGUGUUAAAGCCCUGCUUUGAAACCUUAACUUGAAACCCUAGUUUGAAACCUCAGGUUCAACUGUACUCCAUCCAUCCAUUUUCUGUACUGCUUUUCCUCACUAGGGUUGCGGGCGUGCUGGAGCCUAUCCCAGCUAUCUUCGGGCGAGAGGCAGGGUCGGGGCCGGUAUUUGAACCCUGGUCCUCAGAACUGUGAGGCAUGUGCUAACCAGUCGUCCACCGUGCCACCUUCACUGUUACUCAUGAAGAGAUUUUAAGAUUGGUUCGCAUAUCUGCCUCACAGUUCUGAGGACCGGGGUUCAAAUCCCGGCCCCGCCUGUGUAGAGUUUGCAUGUUCUCCCCUGUGCCUGUGUGGGUUUUCUCCGGGAACUCCGGUUUCCUCCCACAUCCCAAAAACAUGCAUGGUGAGUGUGAAUGGUUGUGUGUUUAUAUGUGCCCUGCGAUCGGCCGGCGACCGGUUCAGGGUGUACCCCUCCUCCCGCCCGAAGAUACCUGGGAUAGGCUCCAGCACCCCGCGACCCUGGUGAGGAUAAGCGGUAAAAGAAAAUGGAUGGAUGGACAAAAGUGAUCCAGUCUCCUUUCUGCUUGACCUAACAGCCGAACAGGACCCAAAGAAAAAAACACAUUUAUAUGAAGUAGAUGAACUUGCACAAUGAAUGUAUUUUAUUUUUUUCUAAUGAAUGCCAUGCUGUAAAUAAGAUUGACAUGAUUGAUAUGAUAUCAUUACAGUUGUGUUUGUUGUA